UGGGCGUGGCUCCUAGGGGAACCCGGAAGAGCUGGGAAGGGCACUGGGAUUUCCUGGCGAGCCAAGGCGGCUCCCCGGCUAUUGGUCACUUUUUUCACCCAAACACUAGCGGAUACUGGCCCGAACUUCCGCUGGCCAAAGUCAAGGAUAGGCUCCACCCGGUACCGGUUAAGUAGCUGCGCGUGAGGCUGAGGAGUUCCAGGCAUGGAGGGAGGCGGGCUGGGCUGCGCAGUGUGCGUGCUGACCGGGGCCUCCCGAGGCUUCGGCAGGGCACUGGCCCCGCUGCUGGCCCGGUUGCUGUCGCCGGGUUCAGUGCUGCUCCUAAGCGCGCGCAGUGACUCGGUUCUGCGGCAACUGAAGGAGGAGCUGGGCGCGCAGCAGCCUGACCUGCGAGUGGUGCUGGCAGCCGCCGAUCUGGGCACCGAGGCCGGCGUGCAGCAGUUGCUGAACGCCGUGCGCGAGCUCCCUAGGCCUAAGGGGCUGCAGCGCCUGCUGCUCAUCAACAACGCAGGCACUCUUGGGGAUGUUUCCAAAGGCUUCCUGAACGUGAAUGAUCAGGCUGAGGUGAACAACUACUGGGCCCUGAACCUGACCUCCAUGCUCUGCUUGACCUCCGGCACCUUGAAUGCCUUUCUGGAUAUCCCAGGCCUGAGCAAGACUGUGGUUAACAUCUCAUCCCUGUGUGCCCUGCAGCCCUUCAAGGGCUGGGGUCUGUACUGUGCAGGGAAGGCUGCCCGAGACAUGUUAUACCAGGUCCUGGCUGUUGAGGAACCCAGUGUGAGGGUGCUGAGCUAUGCCCCAGGUCCCCUGGACACCGACAUGCAGCAGUUGGCUCGGGAAACCUCCAUGGACCCGGAGUUAAGGAGCAGACUGCAGAAGCUGAAGUCGGAAGGGGAGCUGGUGGAUUGUGGGACUUCAGCCCAGAAACUGCUGAACUUGCUGCAAAAGGACAGCUUCCAGUCCGGAGCCCACGUGGACUUCUACGACAGUUAAGCCCGUGUCCUGUCACGGUGCCUGCCCCCGCCCCCAGCCCUGCCUAACACACAUAUAAGCCUCUGACCCAGGCAGCAGGAGCGGUGGGCGCUGUCUGUCAUCAGAAGGCUUCUGCAGGGGCUUGGGAGAGAGCAGAUGUGCACGGGAGUUCUCUGUCCCCAGGACGAGAACUUUAGAGCUGAGAAGAGCAGGGGGAGGGGACACACUGUGCAGAGGAGGUUGCGUCUCCUAUCUGUGGUGGGUGAGGAGGUGGGAUCCGAUGCAGGGAGGACCGAGGGCAUCACAUGUGAGUGCUCCUUGAACUCCAUUUCAUUGUUGUACAGCCCGCGUCCUGUGGUAUUCACUGGUCCUCCCUUGACUCUGGUCCAAAUACAGAUGUGGGACAGA